CAAAAAUUACAUAAAUAUCAGAAAUAUGCCUAUAUUAGUAAAAGAUUUUACUUGGACGCAAACUUUAAAAAGUGUCCAUAUUAGAAUACCAAUUGAUCCAGUUUAUAAGGAAAACAUAGAUCUGUUUACCACAGAUUCUUAUGUAAAAGCACACUUUAGCCCAUUUCUGUUUGAAAUAUUUCUAUUUGACGAAGUAGAUAAUAAAAACUGUAAAUGCAUUAUUCACGAUAAAGAGAUUGUGUUAAAUUUAAUUAAGAAAGAAGAAUAUGAAUGGAGUCAACUUGAGAAAAUUCUUUCUAAAGAGGAGAAGAAAGAACUUAGACAAAAAAAUUUAAACGCGUCUCAAGAUGACGCCAAAAAAGAAUCCGAAGAGAAGUUUAUAAAAAAGAAUGAAUUAAAUAGAUUCGCUGUUCAAAAAGCUAUGGAUAUAGAUAGCAAACAACACCUAUUAAUGGAUAAACGCAGAGAUGAGGAACGUCGCCAGGCUAUGGAUAAUUUAGAAAACUGGCGAUUAAAAACUGAAAAUAGAACAGAAAUUAUAUCCGCAACAUCUUCUGGAGUGAAAAUAAAAGAAUUGAAUUCAAGUGAUGAUGAAGAUAAAAAUGAAUCGAAGCAGGAAACUAACUUGGAGCAGCCGAAACCAGAAGCCUCGAAAAAUUUAAAGCCUGCUAGAAAAUUAAUUACAUCUUCAUAUGUGGAUAAAAAGAAAGAGGAAAUGGCAAGAAGGGUUUUACCGCAGUUAAGACAAACGCAAAGUUUAGAGAUUACCCAUACGCCAAGGUCGUUCCCUACUCCAAGCAGGGAAUCAGCAGCUGAAGAAGAAGAAACUUGGUUAAGAAAUAUCACAAUGGCUAGAAGAGCGACUGGUUUCGCGUCAGAGGAUUUGCGUCCGGAAGAACAGGAUCCGCAAUGGUGUAAGGAGAAAGGCGAUGAAUUCUUUAGAAGCGGCAAUUUCUUGGGCGCUAUAAGCGCGUACACACAUGGCAUAACACUGACGGACAAACUGCCAAGCCUUUAUGCAAACAGAGCUGCAACUCAUUUCGCACUUGGCAACUUUAAUAAAUGCGCUAACGACUGUUCAUCCGCAUUAGAUUUAAUGAAACCAGUAUGUGAGGGCAACAGGCGAAGCCGUGCGAAGUGCAUAGCUCGACGGGCAGCAGCGUUGGCACGUCUCGGUUACUUAAACAAAGCCAUCGAUGAGAUGAAGGCAGCUGCUAAGCUUUUGCCAGAAGACGAGAAAAUUAAACAGGAUAUUUACGACAUGGAGAGGGCUUGGGAGCAAAAUCCUGAUUCUGACUAAUGUACUCGAUUAUUAACCCCCGACGAAAAAGAGGAGUGUUAUAAGUUUGACGUGUCUGUCUGUCGGUCUGUCUGUCUGUCUGUGGCAUCGUAGCA